CCGGAGAAGCGGAGUUACCCCCAAAAGUGGGCUCUGCUGCGCAUGCUCACCAGGAGCCCGCUUAGGCGUUCCCAGAGGCGUGCUCCCCCGCGGAAUGGCGCGCGCUCCCGACAACCCUUCGGGACAGCGCGCGCGGGCACGGGCUCGUUCCCGAGAGAGCAAGUGGGGGCGGGGAACGGGAGUCCGGGUUGCGGUGGCCUGAGGGGCCUUGGCCGCCAGGUUGACGCCUGUGGCUGUAGCGGCGGAGGCCAAAGGAACUGCCGCCGCUCGGUCGCCGGAGAGGGAGGGCCCCGCUGCCGUCGCCGCCCGGCCGGUGCCCGGUGAAACCAGCCCAGAGAAGUGAUGGGUUUUGCCCCAGGUCUUCCACCCAGCAAGCCAGCUCUGAGGACCCAGGCGUUGGCAGCUGACGAUGGUGGUGGUUGCUCUCGUGUAUGAAGGACAGAGCCCUGGACUGCCAGGUUCGUUGCCAGGGAGGAGGAGGAGAAAUCCAUCUGCUGGGGCCUGAGUGUGGCCUUGGGGACAGGCUAUUGGUCCCGAAAUGCCCCUGCCUGAGCCAAGUGAGCAGGAGGGCGAGAAUGUGAAGGCCGGCCAGGAGCCAUCCUCUGAGUCCCCUGAGACGGGCACAGAUGUUGUCCCCAUGAAGCCCAAGGAAUUCUCCAAUCUGGUCCUGCUAUCAGCCUCCACCGAAAAUGGGGAUGGGUUGGGCUGCCAACCCAAAGGAAUGCACUGUGUCAUGUCCCUGGAGAUAUCUGGCCCUGACACCCUGGCCAGGACCCUCCAGAUCCUGCCGGUGGAAGAGCAGGGAGGGACAGUCCAGCAAAGAUCCCAGGCCCCUGAGCAGAGACGCGGCAAGGCAGACACAGCAGCCCCCAAGCCCCUGGAGUUCCUGAGGACCCCAUUCGGGGGCCGCCUCCUGGUACUUGAGUCCUUCCUGUACAAGCAGGAGAAGGCUGUGGGUGACAAGGUGUAUUGGAAGUGCCGACAGCACACCGAGCUGGGCUGCCGGGGCCGGGCCAUCACCCGAGGCCUACGGGCCACGGUGAUGCGGGACCACUGCCACCCGCCUGAUGAGGAGGGCCUGGAGGCCCGGCGCCAGCGACAGAAGCUGCCUAGCCCAGCCCUGCCGGAAGGCUUGGGGGGUCCCGCGGGCCCUGGAGGCCCGGUAGAGGAGCCACUCGAGGGAGUGGGCCCAUGGCUGUGCCCUGAGGAGCCGGAGCCUGCCCCUGGGCUGGUGCUGAGCAAGCCCCCCCCAGAGGAGGAUGAGGGACUGCGAACACUGGCGCUGCUGAGUUUGCCUCCGAAGAAACGCCCAACACUCGGCAUUGGACAGCGCCCAUCCCUGGAGUUCCUGAGGACCUGCUAUGGGGGCAGCUUCCUGGUACAUGAGUCGUUCCUGUACAAACGGGAAAAGGCUGUGGGGGACAAGGUGUACUGGACGUGCCGGGACCAUGUGCUGCACGGCUGCCGCAGCCGAGCCAUCACCCAAGGCGAGCGGGUGACCGUGAUGCGUGGCCACUGCCAUCCACCCGACAUGGAGGCCCUACAGGCUCGGCGGCAGCAGGAGAAAGCCAUGGCGACACUGAAGGCCAGGCCGGGUGGCCCCGGGGGCCAAGUGGACAAGCUGCUCCAAGGUGUGGACAGCUUGCUCUACCGCAGAGGGCCGGGUACCCUGACUCUCACCAGGCCCCGGCCCAGAAAACGCGCAAAGCCCCAGGCCCUGCAGGGGUCCCCCACCGAGGACCAGGAUGAGGACGUGGGAGGCCCUGAGUUCCUGAGGACCCCUCUGGGAGGCAGCUUCUUGGUGCACGAGUCCUUCCUCUACAGGCGGGAGAAGGCUGCCGGCGAGAAGGUGUACUGGACGUGCCGGGACCAGGCCCGCAUGGGCUGCCGCAGCCGGGCCAUCACCCAGGGCCAGCGGGUGACCGUGAUGCGUGGCCACUGCCACCCACCCGACCUUGGCGGCCUGGAGGCACUGAGGCAGCGGGAGAAACGCCCUGAGUCGACCCAGAGGGAGAGUUCAGGAGGCCCUGAGUUCCUGAGGACCCCUCUGGGAGGCAGCUUCCUGGUGCACGAGUCCUUCCUCUACAGGCGGGAGAAGGCCGCUGGCGAGAAGGUGUACUGGACGUGCCGGGACCAGGCCCGCAUGGGCUGCCGCAGCCGGGCCAUCACCCAGGGCCAGAGGGUGAUGGUGAUGCGUAAACACUGCCACCCACCCGACCUUGGGGGCCUGGAGGCCCUGAGGCAGCGCGAGCAGUUCCCCAGCCAGGCCCAGAGGGAAGGCUCAGGAACCCUCCAGCCUCUGGAGUUCCUGAGAACUUCCCUCGGGGGGAGGUUCCUGGUGUAUGAGUCCUUCCUCUACAGAAAGGAGAAGGCUGCUGGAGAGAAGGUGUACUGGAUGUGCCGCGACCAGGCCCGACUGGGCUGCCGCAGCCGGGCCAUCACCCAGGGCCAGCAGGUGACCGUGAUGCGUGGCCACUGCCACCUGCCCGACCUGGCCAGCCUGGAGGCCCUGAGGCAGCGGGAGCGGCUCCCCAGCACAACCCAGCAGGAGGACACAGAAAAGAUCAAACUUGUGCCUAAAGUUGAACUGUGCUUCAAGACUUGUUCUCCUGAAAGCCAGCAGAUUAAUGGGAAGGUCAAAGAUACCGUAAAACCUGACGGAGAGUCCCAAUGAGGCCAAUCUCCUCCCCGACUCCAGCAGAGGAACCACAUGUGUCGCCAGCGUCAUGGAUGCUUUGUGUCCACGCAGGAUCCCGGCAUUUCCCACCUGGUUAGCUGUCGCUGGACAGAAGCUCUCUUUCACUCUUUCAAAGCAUCAAUGAUCUUCACACUUCCUCAAGAGGCCUCCCAGGAAGAAUACUCUGAUGGUAUCUUUGCUGAUGGUAUCUUCCUGUAGGCAAAGAAGAGCACUGGGAGCUGGCGUCUUGCAGAGACCUGGCAGCUUACAGGUGUGCGUGAUGUGGGGAAGGACUGAACUCCGAAAGAUCUGAAGAAGCAUCUUUUGACAAAGUCACUCUUCCCUGCUCUGCCCCCCGCCCAAAGCCACAAACACCCAUCUGUUUUCAGAGCACUCGUCUUUGCCAAGGACUUUCGGAUUGGGUGUGGCCCGGCUUUGGCCAGGGCAUGUUUAGGGAAGUUCUUCCUUCUUGGAGCUGAGCUGAGCUGCAUAGCUCCAGCUGCCUAGGUGUUGUCUGGACAGGUGCCAGAUGGACCUUUGUGCCCCUUGGCCACCAGCUGCUGGGGCAUGGCCAUCCCUCAUAGUAACAGAGCAGGCCAAACCAGAGGCCCCACUACACAGUCUUUCGGACUUUGUUUCCUUCACUGUUUUCCUAAUAAAAUUAAACCCAGUGUCCAGCAUCCCCACGGCAGGUGUCGUUCCUGGCAGUGGAAGCCAGCACUGGGCAGACUACCUGGCUGAGGCCAGCCAUGUCCUAGGUCACCCGCAUUCAUCUGAUGCAGGAGGAGAGGGAGACCCGGAUGGCAGUGGAGGCGCGUCCCUUUCUCCAGUCUGGUCUGGCAGGUCCAGGAGAAGCAGGCUCACGGGCCCCAGGAACUCCACAGGCUGCUGCCUGCUACCACGGCCUCGUCCUCAACCAACCUCAAAGCUCCUUGCCCCCACCCUAUAAUUGUAGAAGAAGCGUACACGUCAGGCUCCCUUCUCUCCUGGCAAGCUGGCCAUGGAGCCUGCCAUCUAGCUGUAGGACAGUGACACCUCAGAUGCACCCUACUGUCCCUCUGCUUAUCCAUUUCCCUCAAUAAACCUUAUUUUAUAUCUCA